AUGGAAAUGAGCAACGGGAGUUCCACCCUGGACUUCAUCCUUCUGGGGUUCUCUGGAUGGCCCCGACUAGAACGCAUCAUCUCAGUGGUUGUCCUCAUCUUCUAUGCUGUGAUUCUGGUGGGAAACACAAUGAUCAUCCUGGUGUCUCACCUGGACGCCCAGCUCCACACGCCCAUGUACUUCUUCCUCUCCAACCUGUCCUUCUUGGAUCUCUGUUACACCAACAGUAUUAUCCCCCAGACACUGGUAAAUCUGUGGAGCUCAAAGAGGUCUAUUACAUACGUGGGCUGUUUGGUUCAAGCCACAGUCUCCGUUGACCUGGGCGCCACAGAGUGUCUGCUCUUGGCCGUGAUGGCCUAUGACCGCUAUGCUGCAGUGUGCCAGCCUCUGCACUACACGGUGAUCAUGCACCCUCAGCUCUGUCACAGGAUGGUGCUAGCUGCCUGGCUAACUACUGCUGGCUGCGCCAUCAUUGUUUGCACCAUGACUUUAAUGUUGCCAAGAUGUGGGCACCAAGAGGUGGAUAACUUCUUCUGUGAGAUCCUAGAUCUCAUUAAGACUGCGUGUACCAAUUCAAAAGUCCUUGAGGUCGUUUUCCUUGCUCUCUCAGUGCUAUUUCUUCUGGUGCCUCUAUCAGCAAUUCUCAUCUCCUAUGGCAUCAUCACUCGCGCUGUCAUGAGGAUCAAGUCAGCAACAAGGUGGCGGAAGCUCCUCAGCACCUGUGGCUCCCACCUCACCGUGGUGACUCUCUUCUAUGGAACACUCAUGUCUAUGUACGUGAGGCCACAGAAUAGCUCACUACAAAAUGAAAGGAAGUUCAUUGCUCUGGUGUACGUGAUACUUAUACCCAGUCUCAACCCUCUCAUCUACACUUUAAGAAACAAAGAUGUAAAGAAAGCAAUAAGGAAAAUGCUGCGUAUUAAAAGUGUAAAGUGA